GAUGACGCUUUAGUGUGCAGUUCUGCUGGGUGUCGUAUACCAGAAAUCGAAUCUUGUUACCUCACUGCAGUGACUCUCUAGAUGCUGUUCUUAGAUUAAUAUAUAAUUAGAAGUAAUCCUGUGUCUUUAAGCUUGAAUACAAGUACUUUUCUUUAUUUUAUAGUGUAAAUCCAUUUUUUUUUACACUUUUUUAGAGGAAGCAAAAAAAACCAAAAACCCAAAAACUUAGCAUUGAGUUUGCAAUACUAAUGCUCUCUACUGGUUGUGGAGUAUUGCUAUUCUAUCUCUGGGCUAUUGCUAGUCUGCAACAUUGAUCUUCUGCAUCUUGAGCUUCGGAUAGAGAUUCCACUCUGAGGUGAUAUCUUUCCGCGAUGCGAAGAUGGCUCGCAAGUUCUCUUCCGCACGCCCCGAAAUGUUUCGCCGCUUCACCCCAGAUUCACUGGAGGAGAUUGAGGCGUUCACUGAGCUGAAGAAAAGUUGUACGUUAGAGAAGAAGGAGCCGGAGUCAACACCUAGAAUUGACCUGGAGGCGGGGAAACCUCUGCCCAUGAUAUAUGGAGACCCACCAGAGGACCUGCUCAACAUCCCACUGGAGGAUCUUGACCCCUUCUACAAAACUCAGAAAACAUUUAUUGUGAUUAGCAAGGGAAACAUAAUCAACAGAUUCAAUGCAGAACGAGCUUUGUACAUCUUCAGUCCGUUUAACCCUAUCAGAAGAGGAGCCAUUCGGGUUUUUGUAAACUCGGCAUUUAAUUUUUUCAUCAUGUUCACCAUCUUCUCUAACUGCAUAUUCAUGACUAUAAGCAACCCUCCUGCCUGGAGUAAAAUUGUGGAAUAUACUUUUACAGGUAUAUAUACCUUUGAAGUAAUAGUCAAAGUCCUAUCCAGAGGCUUCUGUAUUGGACAUUUUACAUUCCUUCGUGAUCCAUGGAACUGGCUGGAUUUCUCGGUGGUCACCAUGGCGUAUAUCACAGAGUUUAUUGACCUUGGAAACGUGUCAGCACUUAGGACAUUCCGUGUGCUCCGAGCUCUCAAGACAAUCACUAUUUUUCCUGGACUGAAAACUAUUGUCAGAGCUUUGAUCGAGUCGAUGAAGCAGAUGGGUGACGUGGUGAUCCUGACCGUCUUCUCUCUGGCUGUGUUCACCCUCGCCGGGAUGCAGCUGUUCAUGGGGAACCUACGACACAAGUGCAUUCGCUGGCCCAUCUCUAACGUUACCCUCGAUUAUGAAUCUGCCUACAACACCACUUUUGACUUUACAGCCUACAUUGAAAAUGAAGAAAAUCAGUACUUUCUCGAUGGUGCUUUGGAUGCCUUACUAUGUGGCAACAAUUCUGAUGCUGGAAAGUGUCCAGAAGGCUAUACGUGUAUGAAGGCUGGGCGGAACCCAAACUACGGCUACACAAACUAUGACAACUUUGCCUGGACUUUCCUGUGCCUCUUUAGGCUCAUGCUUCAAGACUACUGGGAGAACCUCUAUCAGAUGACUCUCCGUGCUGCUGGGAAGAGCUACAUGGUGUUCUUCAUCAUGGUCAUAUUCCUGGGUUCCUUCUAUCUUAUCAACCUAAUCCUGGCUGUAGUUGCUAUGGCAUAUGAGGAGCAGAAUCAGGCAACACUGGCUGAGGCUCAAGAGAAAGAAGCUGAGUUUCAGAGAGCAGUGGAACAGCUCAGGAUCCAACAGGAACAGAUAAAUGAUGAGAGGAAGGCAUCUUUAGCCAGUCAGUUAACUCAAAACCAAGAGGCAGAGAUAACAGAUGAUGGGGAUGACGCCAUAAAGGAAUGUAAUGGAAAGGCCUUCCCGCUGGCCAAUAUCAGAGAGCCAUCUAGUGUAAAGUUAUCAACUGAAGAACAAAGGUCAGACAGUAAGUCCAUGGACUCCAAGCAUAGCGUAGACAAGCCAAGCCUGAAGCAUAAGGCUGCCAGUACUAUGAGUGUGUUCACUUUGGAAGACCUGGAGGCAGCCCGGAGGCCUUGUCCUCCAGUCUGGUAUAAGUUCGCUGGCUUCGUCUUUAAGUGGAACUGCUGCGGCCCCUGGGUGUUCCUCAAGAAAUGGGUCCAUUUUGUGAUGAUGGAUCCUUUCACUGACCUGUUUAUCACUCUUUGCAUCAUAUUGAAUACACUGUUCAUGUCUAUAGAGCACCACCCCAUGAACGAAAGCUUUCAGAGUCUGCUCAGUGCAGGAAACCUGGUGUUUACCACUAUCUUUGCGGCUGAAAUGGUGUUGAAGAUCAUUGCCUUGGACCCCUACUACUACUUCCAGCAGACGUGGAACAUAUUUGACAGCAUCAUUGUCAGUCUCAGUCUGUUGGAGCUUGGACUAUCCAAUAUGCAAGGAAUGUCUGUGCUCAGAUCCUUACGUUUGCUGCGUAUCUUCAAAUUGGCCAAGUCCUGGCCCACGCUCAACAUUCUGAUCAAGAUAAUCUGCAACUCGGUGGGCGCUCUGGGCAACCUGACCAUUGUGCUGGCCAUUAUCGUCUUCAUCUUCGCCUUGGUGGGCUUUCAGCUGUUCGGAAAGAACUACAAGGAGUACGUGUGCAAGAUCUCUGAUGACUGUGAGCUGCCCCGCUGGCACAUGAAUGACUUCUUCCACUCCUUCCUGAUUGUGUUCCGUGCCUUGUGUGGCGAGUGGAUUGAGACCAUGUGGGACUGCAUGGAGGUGGGCGGAGUUCCUAUGUGCCUCGCCGUCUACAUGAUGGUCAUAAUCAUUGGGAACCUGGUGAUGCUGAACCUUUUCCUUGCCUUGCUUCUAAGCUCAUUCAGCAGCGACAAUCUCAGUUCAAUUGAAGAAGAUGAUGAAGUUAACAGCCUCCAGGUUGCCUCUGAGCGCAUUAGUAGGGCAAAAAACUGGGUGAAGAUCUUCAUCACUGGCACAGUCCAGGCUCUGGUACUGUGGAUCCAGGGCAAGAAGCCCCCCAGUGAUGAUGUGGUAGGAGAAGAAGGAGACAAUGAGGGCAAAAAGGAUACUUUGCCCUUAAACUACCUCGAUGGUGAGAAGAUUGUAGAUGGGAUAACCAACUGUGUAGAGUCUCCAACUCUGAAUCUACCCAUUGUAAAGGGGGAGUCAGAGAUCGAAGAAGAAGGGUUAGUGGAUUCAUCAGAUGAAGAGGACACAAACAAAAAGAAGCAUGCUCUUAAUGAUGAAGACUCUUCAGUUUGUAGUACAGUGGACUAUAGUCCUUCAGAACAAGAUCCCCUGGCCAAGGAAGAAGAAGAAGAAGAAGAAGAGGAGCCAGAGGAACUAGAGUCCAAAGAUCCAGAAGCAUGUUUUACAGAAAAAUGUAUAUGGCGAUUUCCUUUUCUGGAUGUGGACAUCACACAGGGGAAAGGGAAGAUCUGGUGGAACCUACGUAGGACCUGCUACACCAUCGUGGAGCAUGACUACUUUGAAACCUUCAUCAUAUUCAUGAUUCUCCUCAGUAGUGGAGUUCUGGCCUUUGAGGACAUUUAUAUUUGGCGUCGCAGGGUGAUUAAGGUCAUCUUGGAGUAUGCAGACAAAGUCUUCACAUAUGUCUUCAUAGUAGAGAUGUUACUUAAGUGGGUUGCAUAUGGGUUUAAAAGAUAUUUCACUGAUGCCUGGUGCUGGCUCGACUUUGUAAUUGUUGGUGCAUCAAUAAUGGGCAUAACAUCCAGUUUGUUGGGCUAUGAAGAGCUGGGAGCAAUCAAAAAUCUCAGAACUAUCAGGGCUCUUCGCCCUUUACGUGCCCUUUCCAGAUUUGAAGGAAUGAAGGUGGUAGUGAGAGCAUUGCUUGGUGCCAUCCCCUCCAUCAUGAACGUGCUGCUGGUGUGUCUGAUGUUCUGGCUCAUCUUCAGCAUUAUGGGGGUCAAUUUGUUUGCUGGAAAGUUCUACCGCUGCAUUAACACCACCACAGAUGAGAUUCUGCCCGUGGAGGAAGUGAACAACCGGAGUGACUGCAUGGCACUAAUGUACACUAACGAGGUGCGCUGGGUCAACCUUAAGGUCAACUAUGACAAUGCGGGCAUGGGAUACCUCUCCCUGCUACAAGUGUCUACAUUUAAAGGCUGGAUGGACAUCAUGUAUGCUGCAGUGGACUCCAGAGAGGUAGAGGAUCAGCCAAUCUAUGAGAUUAAUGUCUACAUGUACCUGUAUUUUGUCAUCUUCAUCGUAUUUGGAGCCUUCUUUACCCUCAACCUUUUCAUUGGUGUCAUCAUAGACAACUUCAACCGUCAAAAGCAAAAGUUAGGAGGAGAAGAUCUCUUUAUGACAGAAGAGCAGAAGAAGUACUACAAUGCCAUGAAGAAGCUGGGUUCGAAGAAAGUUGCCAAAUGUAUACCCCGCCCUUCGAAUGUGGUUCAAGGUGUGGUGUACGACAUAGUCACCCAACCAUUCACUGAUAUUUUCAUCAUGGCUCUCAUUUGCAUCAACAUGGUGGCUAUGAUGGUCGAGUCGGAGGACCAGAGUCAAGUGAAGAAGGACAUUCUCUCUCAGAUCAAUGUCAUAUUCGUUAUCAUCUUCACUGUAGAGUGCUUGUUAAAGCUACUUGCACUUAGACAGUACUUCUUCACUGUUGGAUGGAAUGUUUUUGAUUUUGCUGUUGUCGUCAUUUCUAUAAUUGGUCUUCUGCUAUCGGACAUAAUUGAGAAGUACUUUGUGUCCCCCACCCUGUUUCGUGUCAUCCGCUUGGCAAGGAUUGCUCGGGUGUUGCGUCUCAUCAGAGCAGCAAAGGGCAUAAGGACACUGUUAUUUGCUCUGAUGAUGUCACUCCCUGCCCUUUUCAACAUUGGCCUUCUUCUCUUCCUUAUUAUGUUCAUCUUUUCCAUCUUUGGAAUGUCUAACUUUGCCUAUGUGAAAAAGCAAGGUGGCGUCGAUGACAUCUUCAACUUUGAGACGUUUGGGAACAGCAUGAUCUGCCUGUUUGAGAUCACGACCUCAGCUGGCUGGGAUGGGCUUCUCCUCCCAACUCUAAACACAGGUCCUCCUGACUGUGACCCUGAUGUGGAAAACCCUGGCACAGAUGUGAGAGGCAACUGCGGAAAUCCAGGCAAAGGCAUCACAUUCUUCUGCAGCUAUAUCAUCUUGUCAUUCUUAGUGGUAGUUAACAUGUAUAUUGCCAUCAUCCUGGAGAACUUUGGUGUGGCACAGGAGGAGAGCAGCGACCUGCUAUGUGAGGAUGACUUUGUUAUGUUUGAUGAGACCUGGCACAAGUUCGAUGUCCAUGGUACACAAUUUUUGGACUACAAUGAUCUGCCUCGCUUUGUUAAUGCACUGCAGGAACCCAUGCGUAUUCCCAACCCCAACAGACACAAGUUAGCCAAAAUGGACAUGUAUGUCGUAAUGGAAGACAAAAUCUCCUAUCUGGAUGUUCUAUUGGCUGUCACUCAGGAGGUCCUGGGGGACACCACUGAAAUGGAAGCCAUGAGGCUGAGCAUCCAGGCCAAGUUCAAGAAAGACAACCCCAGCCCCACCUUCUUUGAGCCUGUCGUCACAACUCUGAGAAGGAAGGAGGAGGAGUGGGCAUCCGUGGUGAUCCAGAGAGCAUUCCGCCAAUACCUCCUCAUGCGUGCCGUGAGCCAUGCCUCCUUUCUGAGCCAAAUCAAGCAUAUGAAUGAGGGGCCAAAGGAUGGCGUGGGGUCACAGGAUUCCCUGAUCACACAGAAGAUGAACGCCCUGUACAGAGGCAACCCGGAGCUUACCAUGCCCCUGGAGCAGCAGAUAAAGCCUAUGUUAGACAAACCCAGAAUGCCUAGUCUAAGCGUUCCAGAAACCUACCCAAUCCAGAUUCCAAAGGAAGUCACAAAUGAGGUAAUUCUUCAUUCUGCACCCAUGGUCAGGCAGAACUACUCCUACUCAGGGGCCAUAGUGGUCAGGGAAUCAAUAGUAUAAUGGACACACAAUGAUACCAUGGCACUGGCCUCUUUUAAGUGGAGAGUGAUUAAGUGCACAAAAGGACCAUCUUCUGUACAAAACAAUGCUGAUGCUCCCCAGAGCACUUAUCUGGAAGGAUUGCACAUCAAUGUUAAGAAAUUGCUGAGGUCUAGAAAGCAAUGAAUUGAUGUUUGCUGGUGUCUAGGAAUGAUGUUUUUAUCACUAUAUAAACUUUUUUAAACAUCUGUAUUGGAACAGAUUUGUUUUCCCGCAUGGUCCUUGGUCAAUGGUAAUCCUUUGACAGACUUCAGACUACUGCUUUCUUUUUCCCUCUCUUAAGAUUUACAGCAUUUUUGUACAUUCAUUAUCACCUUUUGCAGCAUACCCUUUUUAAAAGAAAAGUUGUUGGGGUUUUUUGUGCUCUUUUUAACCUCCCCUCUAAAAUAUAAUGUAUUUCUUCACCUAAGAGCUACAUUUACUUGUGCUUUCAAUUUGUCUUUUGUUUGUCAGUUGACUACAGGGAGAUGGAAUGAGUAGACAUUCACCACUUACCUGGGAGGCACACAGUCACAUUGGGCAGUAUGAAGAGCUACAUAUGGCAUACAUAAACUGUAAAGUACACCUAAGUGUAGCAUUUAAUAUUAGAUGUAUGGCUUUAUAUUGGUACUAUUUUGGGGCUUUCUUGGUUUCAGUAGCACUCUGUUGUCCUUCAUUUCAUCUAACCACACUUUUUAUGUAUGCUUCAUAAAGUUGCAGUUCAUCUGUCCUUUGACCAAACUUAUAUAAUAUGUCGAUGUUAUUUAUGUCCCAAAUCUAGCCUUCGGAUAUUUGUAGCAGCACAAUAAAUUGAUUAGUGUCCAUUUUCUUGUAAAUAGGUGUCACACAAAAUUGCUAAACCCUUUUGCCUAAAAACUAAAUCAAAUAAUAAUAAAAACAAAACUGAAGGAUCCAUAAAUACUAAGUUGUAUUUGGAUGACAAUUAAUUUCAUUGGUAUCAUCCAAGAUUACAUAAAUCAAUCAAUAAACAGCACUAGUAAUCUGGGAUAGGGUUUAAAAUUUUGUGUGUGCCAAAAUAAACCAUCUCAAAUUAUCCCACAUUUUUCACAUUUACAGUUUUCAUCUGAAGUACACUAUUGAUAUGUAAUUUAUAUACUUCUAAUCUAAUUAACAGGCUCCUGCCCACAUGCUAUAAGAAAUAGGUAGUUUGCAAGUGAAAUUAAAAUUGGUAGAAAUGGCAGAAACGCCUACUUUAUUGGUGGUAUUAUAAGUUAUUUUGAAACAGCAUGUUUUAAUGUUCUUUUUGUAAUGCAUUGGCUUGAGAAAGUUUUGUUGAAGCUGAACCUUAACAUAAUGAGAAAUGUCUUACUCCUAGAAAUGUGUAAAUAAAUAAAUCAAACAUUUUUCAGUUUU